CUUUCUUUCAUCAUGUUUUUUGGCGCUGCCGACAACGAUGAGGGCGGCGCAGCGACCGUCGGCGGCUACGAGGAGCGACCUGCCGCCGAGGCCUUCUCGCCCUCUCCCGGCGGCGGUGGAUAUCACGAGAAUCGCACCUCCGGAGCGUCGCCCUCCAGUGGCGGCGGUUCUGGCGACUCGUACAAGCGUCGUCUGUUCCGCAGUGACGGCGGUUUGAUGCCCGUGACGAUCCGGAUGGUCCACGAGGCCGAGAAGGAGGGCAACAAGGUGCUCAUCAACGAGAAGGAGAUCUCGCAGGUCAAGAUAGUGGGCAUCGUCCGGGAGCUGACUGAGAACAAGCUGACGACCACAUGGAAGGUGGCCGACUACACGGGGGGGAUGGAGUGCCGCUUCUACUUCCCCAGCAGCGAGGCCAAGCCGCAGUACAUCCGGGACCGCAUCGCAGCGACGGACCAGCACACCAUGGUCAAGGUGUACGGGGCGGUCAAGUUCGACAACAAGCAGAACAAGCGCUACCUCAGCGUGCUGCAGAUCAAGCCCGUCGACAUACACGAGGAGAUGUACCACCUAGUGCAGGCGAGUAGCCACACCACACCACACCACACCACAACACACCACACCACACACAAUUAGCUGGAUGGAUGGUUUGCUGCUGGCCAUCAGGUAGCCCACACCCAUCUGACGUUGACGGGCACCAAGCUGGAGCAGUCGGCGGACCACCCCAUGUCGCCCGCACCAGCACAGAUCAAGCGGGAGGGCGGCGGCACGGCUGGUGGCACCUUCGCCCGCACCAGCGGCGCCAGCGGGGGAGGGGGAGGGCUGCCGCUGCAUCGCGUGCCUGAGAACAUCACCGAGCGUGUGCAGAGGGCGGUGGGUGCGGUGGUGGUCAUGGCUGACAAGGGUAGCGGGGUCAAGAAGGACUUCGUCGUGCAGAGGCUGGCGCAGGAGGGGUUCGGCGGUGAGCGGACUCGAAACGGGGUCUGGUGUGCACCCUCGGGCAUUGGAUGUGUGUGUGUGAGUGUGUGUGAGAGUGUGUGUGUGUGUGUAUGUGCAGCUCAGGAGGUGUUGGCGGCCAUUUCGACACUGUUUGACGAGGGCGAGGUGUUCGAGACCAUCGAUGACGAGCACAUCCAGGCCUCGUUUCAGCCCGUCAACUAAACCGCCAGCCGGGCAGACACAGAUCACACCACGUACGAAGACCACAAAAGGCAGGAAAGGAACCAAGCAACCGGCCGCCCUCCUGUUGUCCUUGUGCUCGGUCAGGUCAGCGAGCGACGCGUAGAGAUGGGUGGAUGGAUGGAUGGAGGGAGGGAGGGAGGGAGAGAGGGGUUGCGGGGUGCGUGGCCAGGUGUAGCUACGGCACGGCGGUCGCGCCUUGCCUUGUUCAUGCCUGUCUGAAUUAAGGGGAGGGUGUUCAUGGCUGAUAGCUGGACAGAGGCACAUAGGUACACAAGCAUCGCACGCGUUGUAUGAUGACUGACUGACUGACUGACGGAUGGAUGGAUAGGCGGACGGAUGGAAUGAUCUGCAUGGCGUGGAUGUUGCUGAAAGUGUGUGUGCCCG